UACCCGUCAUUUUCUCGAGAAAAUGUCACCCUGCGGCAAAAUCCAACACAUAGUGAGACUCCGCCAGAUGCUCCGGCGGUGGCGCAAGAAGGCCGCGGUGUCCUCCCGCCGCAUCCCGUCCGACGUCCCCGCCGGACACAUGCCGGUCUGCGUAGGCACCAAUUGUAGAAGAUUCGUUGUGCGCGCGACGUACCUGAACCACCCCGUCUUCAAGCAACUCUUGGUCCAAGCCGAGGAAGAGUACGGAUUCACCAAUACCGGUCCACUCGCCAUUCCCUGCGACGAGUCGCUCUUCGAAGAAAUACUCCGGUUCAUGACCCGAUCCGAGUCUACCAAUUCGGCCCGGUUCUUGAAUCUCGACGACUUCCAGAGAUGCUGCCACCUGGACUUCUUGCCCGAAUCUCGACCGCUCCUUCAUGGGUUCACCACCGAUAAGUUCAUCUGGUAACUGAAAGCUCGGCCGUACUUGAUUUAACCCGGAUUGACUCGCCUGCACAGUGAAGAAACAGAGCGAGUUCAUAUUGCUUGACUCGGCCGAGUUACUAAUUCAUGAGGGAUUUUUUUUUAACCGAUUGAUAAAGGAGAAUGAAGUGGAGAUGGCAGUGUGGGCCGAGUUAGCCCCUGAGUCGUCAUGGGUUCGAAUCGUAUUGGAGUCACAUUUGAGAGAGGGACACCACUAAUGAAAUGUGCAGCUGAGGAACAAAAGAAAGAGAGAAUGAAAGAUAAGUGAUUUAAUAGGUCACUUUUUUAUUUUAUUUUUUUUGUAAAUUAUGUGAUUUAUUGAUGAUUUGAUUAACGAAAAUUGUAGAGAAUUCAAGCAUCA